CAUGCUGCGCGACAAGGACACUGAGGCGGAUUUCCAGCGCUUCCUGCGCCGCGUGGACGAUGUCACCAAUUUGCUGCAAGACCUGAAGUCCCCGGACUCAGCAGUGCAGGAAAAAGCCAUUGCUGAGACAGAGAAAAGGCUCCGAGAGCAAGGGGCCAGCAGGGAGGAGGAGGAGGAGGAGGAGGAGGAGUGCAGGACCACGGUGAACAGAACACUCAUCAACACUUCUGGCACGCCGAGGGUGCAGGCAGCAGAUGCAGAUGGCUUCCUGGCAGCUUUGGAGAAGGAUGCCAAGGAACGAGCGCAGAGGAGGAGGAGGAAUGAGCAGCUGGCAAACGCCCUGAAGGAGCAGGGCAACGAAGCCUUCAGGGCAGGAGACUUUGCUCUGGCCAUCCAGAGGUACUCAGAGGGGCUGGAGAAGCUGAGGGACAAGCAGGAGCUCUACACAAACAGGGCCCAGGCCUACCUGAAGCUCCAUGAGUAUGAGAAAGCCAUCAGUGACUGUGAGUGGGCAUUAAAGUGCAAUAAGAACUGCCUGAAAGCCUAUUUCCUCAUGGGGAAGGCUCACCUGGCCCUGCAGCACUUCUCUGAGUCCAGGCAGUGCUAUGAGAAGAUGCUGCAGAUUGAUCCCCAGAAGGAAAACCUCUUUAAAGAGUGCGUGGCCGAGGCCAGGCUGGAGGAGCAGAGGCUGAGGGAGGAGCAGAGAGCGCAGAGGGAGCUCCAGGCCGGGAGCGUGGCUGCUCUGCCCAUCCAGGAGCUGCUGCAGAGGCUCCGCCGCCCUGGCCACGACCUCCACUACUACACAGGGGCCGUGGUGCUGCUGGCAGGAGCCGUGAGCUCUUGCACUGGGCAGACGCUCUUCAGGACAAACAAUGGCUUCAGUAUCCUGAGCAACGAGGCUGUCAGAGGGGCCUUCUGUGCAGAGAGCAAAAGCCCUGCUGAGGUGGAGCUCUGUGUUUCCCUUCUGCUGCUGUGGCAAGCUGCCUGUGCUGGCAAUGAGGAAAACCAGCGUGUGCUGCUGGCCCAGGCCGAGGUGGGUGCCCAGCUGCCGGAGCUGCUGUCCUGUGGCACAGCCCAGAUCCAGAGGGAGGCCCUGGCACUGAUCUCCCUCUACUCUGAGCACGAGGGGGGCCGGAGGCUGCUGGGCAGGCAGGAUCUGAGCAGAUGGCUGCAGAUUUUGAUGGCAUUUGUCAAGUGCACUGAUGCAAGGGCUGAUAGUGCCAUGAACAUCCUGUCUGACUUAAGUGGGGAGGAAAGGUUCCAAGCCCAGUGUCGGGCCACGCUCUCCACGGCUGUUUCACCUUUAUUCACCCAGCUGCAGGCGUGUGCCAGGCAGGUGCCCUGGGCAGCCCUGGCCCGUGCCCUGGCCGUGCUGGGCAGGCUCUGUGCAGAUGUUGGGCUGAGGGCACAGCUGGCUCAGAGCAGGGAGUGCUGGCAGGCCUGCCUGGAGCUGCUGCUGGAUGGGAGCCCUGAUGCCAGCCCUGGGUACCAGGACUGUGUGUUUGCAGUCCUGGGGCUGAUGAUGAACCUGCUGCUUGAAUCCAACGGCACCAUCCAGGACUUUGCUGUGCCCAUCAGUGGCAGGUGCCUGGCUCUGCUCAGCCACCAGGACGGAAGGAUUGUCACAAGAGCCACUGGAGUGCUGAGCCGUGUCCUGCCUGCGUCCCCCUCAGCCGUGCAGGAGGUGGUGGGAGCAGGAGUGGUGAAGAAAAUGCUCAAAUUCUUGAAAGCUGGGGGACAGCUCACUUCCAGCUAUGCCAUAAAGACCCUUUCCGUCUGCACCAAGAGCAGCAAGAGAGCUCAGGAAGAGCUGCUGAAGGGGGAUAAAAGGCUCCGGCUGCUGCUGGCGCUGCUGCGCUCCGGGGAUGAGCUGACCGUGGCCAAUGCAGCUUUCUGCCUCAGCCAGUGCCUGCUGCUGCCCGGGGCUGCCUCGGCCCUGCUGGGCUCUGGGGUGGUGCAGCUGCUGCUCAGGCACGCUGGGGGUGAUGCUGCCAGGACCUCAGUGCAGCAGAACUCGGCCAUUGCCCUGGGCAGGCUCUGUGUGGCUGAGCCAAGGCACAUCCAUCAGCUGAGGAAGCUCAAUGGCCUGGCCAUCCUGAACUCCUCCAUGAAAUACGUGCAGAGCAGCUGAGCUCCUCAGAGCCCCUCCCCAGUGCCCUUCAUCUCGCUGCUCCUGAGUUUUCGUUGCUUUAAUAAAAUUAAU